UUGGCGGCAGCUGCGUCGGUGGCGGCCCCGUUGGGGGACCUGAACUGAGAUACUUAGGCUCGGUCAUGAACUUGCCCGGGACAGGAGCGGUGGCGGCGGACCUGGCAUCCGUCUCUUCACUGCGUCCCCCUUGCUAACGGGACAGAUUUUGACAGUAUGGCAGGGAGGCAUCAGAAUCGUAGUUUUCCUCUCACAGGAGUUCAGUCAAGUGGUCAAGUACAUGCUUUUGGAAAUUGUACAGACACUGAUAUGUUGGAAGAUGAAGCUGAAGUCUAUGAGCUUCGAUCCAGAGGAAAAGAGAAAGUCCGAAGAAGUACAUCAAGAGAUAGGCUUGAUGACAUUAUUAUACUAACAAAAGAUAUCCAGGAAGGGGAUACUUUAAAUGCAAUAGCCCUUCAGUACUGUUGUACGGUAGCAGAUAUCAAGAGAGUUAAUAAUCUCAUCAGUGAUCAAGACUUUUUUGCCCUUAGGUCUGUCAAAAUUCCAGUUAAAAAGUUUAGUUCAUUGGCUGAAACACUUUAUCCUCCAAAAGGAAGACAGGCUUCACGUCCUUCAUCUGUUCAAUAUGCUCCAGAACAACAGGAAGUUUUGCCAGCUAAUGAUUGUCUUUCUUCUAGUGAAUCAGCUGGCAGUUUUUUAAAAGAAGUAGAUCGAGACAUAGAACAAAUAGUAAAGUGUACAGACACCAAGAAAGAGAACCUUAAUGAGGUAGUGUCUGCCUUAACAGCACAACAAAUCCGUUUUGAACCUGAUAACAAAAACACCCAACGCAAGGAUCCCUAUUAUGGAGCAGACUGGGGAAUAGGCUGGUGGACCGCUGUAGUGAUAAUGUUGAUAGUAGGUAUAAUAACACCAGUAUUUUAUUUGCUCUAUUAUGAAAUUUUAGCUAAAGUGGAUGUUAGUCACCAUUCAACAGUGGACUCUUCACAUUUCCAUUCAGGAAUCACAGCCCCAUCACAGCAUAGAGAAAUGGAAAAUGGAAUUGCUCCAACUAGAGGAAUACAUGUUAGUCAACAAGAUGAUCAUAAACUAUAUAGAGAAGAUUUUCAGCCACCUGCUGCUCAACACAAAACAUAGCAGUUAGCUCAUAAUCAAAGUAAUAGGGAUCAAAUGUGUCUGGAAUGCGGUGAUUCGGUUAUAUCCAGUAUCUACUUCAGAGGCAGAGUUUAGGGUGAUUGAUGAUGCUUAUGUUUUUAACCUUUCUAAAAGUUUUUGAGCCAUUUACAAGUGGAUUAUGUAUAAAAUCCCUGAAAUUGCUAGUGUUGGUGUUAAAAAUAGUCAAUCCAUGAAUAUGUUAUAUGAAUGCUUAAAGCAGAAGUGAAUUUAAAUUUGUGCUUAGGAAGUUCUCAAAUUGGAAGAUGUGUCAUUUUUCUUACUUAAGACUAUUUAUAUUUAAAUAUUGUUAAAGUAAUUCUCCUUUAAAAUUAUUCAUGUUAAAUUUUUGAAUCAGAAUAAUGAUAGUUUCAGAUGUUUGCAACUGAAGAAAAUUUGUGAACCACCAAAAUAUUUAGUUGCAAAAAAAUUGAUUCUGAAAUUAUUCAUGAUAGUAUUUAACAUUCAUCUUGAAACUUUAAAAACAUUUCGGACAUGUGCUAUGAAAACACAGGUAGAAACAAACGGAAACAUAAUGUAUAACUUCUACAAUAGAGGUUGAGAAAUAGAUUAAAUAUUUUUAAGACCCCAAAAUAAUGUGUUAUGGUUGGGAAGUUGCCGUUUGAUCACUAGAACACUGGAUUAAGUCAGGACCCAAAUGUAAUCUUGUCUUUUAAAGAAUGCUUAAGACAGACCCUUUAACCUCACCUCUGCUUCUAUUUUUAAAAUAUUUGCCUCUGAUAUUUGAAAACAUUUUUUGUACUUCUUUGAUGAAAAGUGUUAUACAUGUAUAGAUUAGCAUUAUUUAGGAAAUAACUCCUUACAUACUGUGAUAAAUCAUUGCUGUUACAUAUAGUAACAGGCCUUAAUUACAUUUACUGCCUUAGAAUAUUACUUUAUGUAGUUAAUAUAAGUUUUAGAAUUUAAACAUUGUUUCAGAUGGUCCAGUUGGAUUCAGUAUAGGUUAAUUAAGCAAGCUCAUCUCUACCUUCACUUUGCAGCACAAGUUAAUGAAUAAAAACACAUCUUUAUUACCAUUGAGGUCUAUUGUAGAUAAGGGUUCAUCAAGCAAAAAUAAAAACAAGAGGCCUUUUGCAUUAAAUAGGAAAUAGUUGCUGUAUUUGUUGAUCUCUUAACCUGUUUUUCAAAGGGAAAAUAUCCAACCUAGACUUUUUCCCCCCUGAAUUGUAGCAUCAAAUUGAGGAAAAGAGGCCAAAAAAUGGAUGGUUGAAAGGACUCAAUAGUACCAUUUUUAUAAGAUAUGCUGUGGAUCAGCCAGUCUGACUAAAUAAGAAACGUUUGCAUACUGAUCCUAUCAUUUUUUUAAAGUGUGGGUUUUAAAAAUGUUAUUUAAUGACUCAAUAGAUAUGAGAUGGAGUCUGGAUUGCCUGUUUUGUGUAUAAUAAAGUAUAUACCUUAAGAUAUAUAAUACCAUCUCAUUUUCUGGGUAUAUUUUCUGAUAUUUCAAUAUUUUACAUCAGAAACUCUAAUCUUGGUAUGAAAUGGUAUAAAUAUUUAUGGUAAUUGGGAUUUAUAUACUUUCAGGAGAAAGCAUCAUAACAAGGACAAAGAAGCCAAACAUUUUAAAGUCUUUGUAUGUAUCAGAGGACUUUAGAAAAUGACCAGAGUGUUCAAUAGGAAAGUUGUGAAUUGAUUUUUUUCAGUAAAAUAAUUCUCAAUUGUUUUAAUGUGCCUUGGGUAUCUGGAAACGAGGAGUAUGAUAUUUCAAUUAAUGCUCAUUGCUUAUUUGGCUAGUUUAUAUACCAUUUAAACCUGCUGAAAAAUCAAGUUUUAGGAUAGUAAAUGCAGAUUAUUUCAGUUAGAACAGUCUUUGACAUCCUUUAAAGAUAUAUUUACAUCAAAUUGAUAAGGUUAGAGUCACUGGUUCAUUUUUGUUAGCUUUACUUUGAAAUUGUGACAAAGGGGUCUGAUUACUUAUUUUUAAAGUAAGAAAAUACUGAAGUUGGCUAAAAUUCAUUUCUGUCUUUCUGAGUAUCCUUUUUGAAAGAAAUACAUCAUAUCCUUAUAAAACACAAUCAGGCAGUUUCCCUUUUCUGUACAUUUGAAUUACAUAUAAUUCUAUCUAUAUAGGUUAUAUAGAUAGAAUUAAAAACAAAGAUUAAACUGUAAAACAAAAAUUCCUUAAGAAUUCAGAUUUAAAAUUUUAGCUUUUAAAAAGUACUAAUAUACAUUCAAUUUGUUGUAAAUGCAAAUUACGUUAUAUAAUUAGAUAAGCAUAAUUGUUUGAUAUUGGAUUUUAAUUGUGUUGAAACCCUUGUCUGAAUUUAAGACCUUAUAUUUGUAUGUGUGUAUGCAAAUGUAACAAAACUGUGAAUCAUAGUAUUUGGCUUACUUAAAAAUUGGGAGUUGCAAGUAAAGAAAAAAUACAUUAUUUUUAGGGCAGAUUUUUUGGGUUUUGUUUUUA